AUGUCCAUGUCAUGCCAGCCACAUAUCUGUACCUAUAUCUGCGUUGAUAUAAUAUUAGCUGCAAACAUUUUUCUCCUUCAAUGAAUCAUAGAUUCGAGCUACUAACAAUCUAACCAAGGCUACAAUCUAGCAAUCAUUAGCGUAACAAUGACAAAGAUAUUUAACGAUCCACAGGCAAUACAGAGCGGAAAAUCGGCAUUUCCAUAAAAACUACAAGCUAAAAGUGGAAUCUAGUGGAUUUCGAGUGGAAUCAUUUACAAAAAAAAAUGGCAUGGCUCAUUCACUAAUUUGAUGUGAAAAUAAUUAUUCCCAACCCCUACUGCGGGCAAUUUGGAUUUGUCAAUCUAAAGAAUAAGCAUAUUCCAAAAAGAAGUAUACGACAUUUUAAGGAGUUUGAUGAAGAGACCAUAAGGAAUUAAUAGAGGCGGAAACAAGCAAUGAGAUUAAAAGCAUUUGAACUACGUCAAGGAGAAGAUUGAUAUUUUUUUAUCUUCGGAAAAAUAUUGCCAUUAGGGAUACAAUAAAUAUCUGCAGAGUUAUAAACCAGGAAGCUAGAAAAACUUACCACAGUAUUAUGCCAAAUCCCAGCACAAUAUAUUCGAAGCGCGGUAAAAGGGGGCAAGGCCAGGAGCACGUUGUAAUUGAAAGCAACCAAUGCACCGGGAAAUAUGACUGAUAGAAAUAGAGCAAUGUACUCAAUCUGUACACCCUGACUGCCAUUUGUUGUGGUGUUGCCUAAAUUACCCGCAAUGAGAAUCUAAAACAUGAAAUUGUAAGGCAACACUAAAUUCAUAAAAGUUUCCUACCAACGAAGGCCUACAAAAUAAGCUCACAAGACAGAUUCCUAAGCUAGAUAAAAGCAGUUCUGAAAUCAACAAGCGAGUUUAGGGCAUAAAAACAUUUUGUUAAUGCAAAACUGGAAAACGUGAACUUUUCUCUUUCAAUUAGAGUAUAUUCCCCUGCGUAAAAAGAGAUUCCAAACAGACAACUAUCUCUUCUGAGGCAACAGAAUGCAAGUUAGAGCCACCAUGAUUAGAUUUUCAUUGAACGGUUUGGAGAAUCCAUUAAGUGAUUUCUACACGUUCAAUUACUCUAAAUGUAAGAAAAGUAACUGGCAGAAGGAAUAAGCAGCAAACAAGCUGUGGAGGACGAUGGGUUCAUUGAUCAGUGUCUACGUUGUGGGGAAAAGAACAUACUCUUGGUGUAUGUGUGUGUUUGUUUGUUGUGGAGGGGGGGGUGGGUUGGGAGUGUGGAAAAUGUUACCUUGCAGUUUCUACCUGGCUUCUAUGGCCCACACGUACAGUACAGGUCAGAUCUAUAGCGUUAUGAAGUGGGAGGGAAUGAAAUUCUGGGAUAGAAAGAGGGCCCUCAAAUGGGAUACCAUCCAGAGGUAUAAAAGGGUGAUAUCAUCAACACUGUGCUAAGGGUAGCAUGUGGAGAUGAAAUGUCCUUGGCCCCAUUUUCUGUGA